GCCGGGCGGCGGGCGCGGCGCGGGCGGCAGCAUGGUGGAGAAGCGUUGCCCGCUGCAGAGGGACGGCGUGUACCGCUGGUUCUCCGAACUGCCGUCGCCGCAGCGCGUGGAGUUCCUGUGCGGCCUGCUGGACCUGUGCAUCCCUCUCGAGUUGCGCUUUCUCGGCUCGUGCCUGGAGGACCUGGCACGCAAGGACUACCAUUCGCUGCGCGACUCGGAGAUUAAAGCCAACAACCCGGCGGACCUGGGCAGCCUCACCAAUCUGACGGACGAGGUGGUGCGCAGCAAGCUGCUGGUGUCGCUGGCCCUGCUGGGCUCGGAGCAGCGCGAGGCUGCGGGCGUCUUGUACCGCACGCUCACGCACACCGACUCCAUCAUCCACAACUACGGGCUGCAGCUCAACGAGGGCCGCACAGGCGAUGAGUUCCUUCUCCUCUUCACCAUGGCCUCCAACCACCCGGCCUUCAGCUUCCACCAGAAACAGGUGCUGCGCCAGGAGCUCACGCAGAUCCAGAGCAGCCUGAACGGCGGCGGCGGUGGUGGCGGCGGCGGCGGUGGCGGCGGCAAGAGCGCGCCCGGCCCCGGCGGCGCGCUGCCCACCUGCUCUGCCUGCCACAAGGUGGCGUCCAGAACUGAGACCCCUGUCAGCAGCAUCAGCAAUAGUCUGGAGAAUGCAUUGCAUACAUCAGCACAUUCCACGGAGGAGUCCUUGCCCAAGAGGCCUUUGGGAAAACAUUGCAAAGUGAGUGUUGAAAAGAUAGACCUGAAGGGAUUAUCACACACGAAAAAUGACAGAAGUGUUGAGUGUUCCUUUGAGGUCUUAUGGUCUGAUUCUUCAAUUACAUCAGUAACCAAGUCUUCCUCAGAAGUGACUGAAUUUAUUUCAAAGUUAUCCCAGCUCUGCCCUGAAGAGAACUUGGACAAACUCAUUCCUUGCUUGGCUGGCCCAGAUUCCUUCUAUGUGGAGCGUAACCACGUGGAUUUGGAAGCAGGCCUGAGGUAUUUGGCUUCAAUACCUUCGCACACACUGAAACACGACCACAUUAGGAAGUUCUUCAGCACUCCAUCUCCCUCCCAACAGCUCCAGAGUCCAAGUCCUGGCAACCCCUCCCUUCCUAAAGUAGGUGCCAUGAUGGGCGUUUCUGGAAGGCCUGUGUGUGGAGUGGCCGGCAUCCCAUCCUCACAGAGCAGCACCCAGCACCACCUGCAACACUCGGCCAGUGCGUCUGCUUCCCUGCCCCACUGCUCCCACACAGGGGGUACAGGCUCAGCGCUGGCUUACCGGACCCAAGUGGACAACUCGCCUACCAUCCUGAUGCCCUCUGGUCUUCAGGCCCCUCAGCCCCAGGAACAAAAUGGGAUUUUAGACUGGCUUAGGAAGCUGCGUUUGCAUAAAUAUUACCCCGUCUUUAAACAGCUCACCAUGGAGAAGUUUCUGAGCCUUACUGAAGAAGAUCUGAAUAAAUUUGAGUCCCUCACCAUGGGAGCAAAGAAAAAGCUCAAGACUCAGCUGGAGCUAGAAAAGGAGAAGUCAGAGAGACGGUGCCUCAGCUCCUCAGCCCCAUCCUUGGUCACCAGCAGUGGAGUGGCCCGAGUCACCCCCACCAGCCAUGUGGGGCCUGUGCAGCCUGGGCGUAGCAGCCAUGCCUCAGAGCUGCGGGUGGAGGUGGAGCCCCCGGCUCACCAGCUGCCCCGGGAAGGCAGUUCCUCUGAGUAUUCCAGUUCCUCCUCUAGCCCCAUGGGUGUGCAGGUGCGUGAGGAGAGCUCAGACAGCGCUGAGGAGAGCGAUAGACGUGUGGACAUACAUGCUGAGGGAACUGAUAAGGAGAAGCCUGUGAUGCUGCUGACUCACUUCCCAUCUAGCUCUGCAAGACCCACGGCCCAGGUUCUGCCUGUGCAGAAUGAGGCUGGCUCCAGCCCCGCAGGUCACCACCCUCUGCCCCCACAGCUGAUGCCAGCAGCUUCACACCUAGCACCUGUCCGCAUGCUGAACUCUGUGCACAAGUCAGACAGAGGCAGCACGGACGUGACACUCCUUUCAUCCUCUGUCCACUCGCUUCUGUCCCUGGAAGAAAGGAGCAAGGGGCCUGGUCCUAGAAGUGGCACAAAAGUGGACAAAAGCUUUGGCGGAGCUGUACUGGACACACUGCCCUCAGCGGCACCUCAUCCACCAGUGCAGGUCCUCUCGGGCCUUGUAGAGAACAACUCUGUGUCACCCACGGUCUCCUUUGGUCCCCGGGCCAAAGUUGUGCAUGCAGCCACACUGGACAGGGUGCUGAAGACAGCACAGCAGCCAGCCCUGACUGUGGAGAGCAGCUCAGCCACUACAGGGACACCGAGCACUGUCCUGCAUGUGGCCCGGCCGCCCAUCAAGCUGCUGCUGCCCUCAUCUGUUCCUGCUGAUGCUGCCAUCACUGGGCAGACUUCUUGUCCCAACAACGGCCAGAUGAGCGUGCCCCCUGCAAUAGUCAGCCCCCGGACUGCUCUGUAUACAGCCAACACCAAAGUUGCCUUCUCUGCAGUGAGCAGUGUGCCUGUGGGCCCACUGCAGGGCAGCUUCUGUGCCAACAGCAACACUGCCUCCCCCAGCAGCCACCCCUCUACAUCUUUUGCAAGCAUGGCCACUCUACCCAGUUGCCCAGCCCCCAGUUCCAGCCCUGCCCUCUCCUCUGUCCCUGAAAGCAGCUUCUACAGUGGCGGCGCUGGCAGCAGCUCCCCAGGAAACAUUCCUGCCUCAAGUCAGAGCCACCACCACCACCACCACCAUCAGCAGCCCCCUGCACCCCCACAACCUGCGCCACCCCCACCUGGCUGCAUUGUGUGCACGUCCUGUGGGUGCAGUGGCAGCUGUGGCUCUAGCGGCCUGACAGUCAGCUAUGCCAACUACUUCCAGCACCCAUUCUCUGGGCCGUCCAUGUUUACCUUCCCUUUCCUCCCCUUCAAUCCUAUGUGUAGUAACGGCUAUGUCAGUACCCAGCAGUAUGGUGGUGGCUCUGCCUUCCCCGUCGUACAUGCACCCUACAGUGGCAGUGUGACUCCAGACCCCGUCCUAGGUGGGCAGUCUACAUUUGCGGUGCCACCCAUGCAGAACUUCAUGGCUGGGACAGCGGGUGUGUACCAAACCCAAGGCCUGGUGGGCAGCACCAAUGGCUCCAGUCACAAAAAGAGUGGGAAUCUCUCCUGUUACAACUGUGGGGCCACUGGCCACCGUGCUCAGGACUGCAAACAACCGUCCAUGGACUUCAACCGGCAAGGAACUUUUAGGUUGAAAUACGCCCCUCCAGCAGAAAGUCUGGACUCCACGGACUGAUCCUUUUUUUUUUUUUGGCAACAGAACAUUUUAUUAAGCCAUGAAAAUUCACAUAGAGAACUGAGGUCAAGUUGCUGUGGAGCCAUGGAGAUCUAAGGAAAAUCACAGAGAGCUGAAGUCGAGUUGCUGUGGAGCCAAUAUUUUUAACCCAAAGGUGCUUUACUUUACUAUACUGGAUAGAGAAUCUAGCGUAGGCAUGCAUCAAACUCGAUUUCUUUGCCAAAUUCCUAGUUUGGAGCUUGAUAAAAGGAUUGCCUAGUGGACAUCUCUGCGGCAGUAGUGUGGCCAUCACACCAUUGCUGCAGUGUGAAGACCUGUCUCCUGAAGAUCGCUGGUCCUUCCAGGCGCACACAUAAUUCCAGGGCAGCUAUGCAUGACCUGAGUCAAGACUGCAGGUCAGAGUUCUCUCAAGUGGAGUUCCCCAGUCGGAUCCAGGACUCUUUUGGCCUAGGAAGUGCCAACUGGAUUUUGCUAUUUCCUAGAAUGGGGAGCCUCAUGUCUGGCUUCUUAAGGAUUGCACUACCUGACAAGGACCUCCACAGUCUGGGAGGUAGGCUCUGCUGGGACCCCAUCGGUAGGCACUGGAGUUGGCACCAGCAGGCUGCUCAGCCUAGUAUACCCAGAGGUUGCAGAGUGUCCUUCUGUAGACACUUGGAGCAGUUCCAGGUUUUUAAUAUUUUUUUCUGUAAAGAGAUUUACACUAUAUUAGUAAAUAAGACAUAGCUCACUCUCGACAACUUCAUUUCUAAGGGUCCAAGUCCCAGGGAAUCCAGUCACCGAGGCUUGAGACCACCCCUCCCAUUGGUGGCUUUGAGCCUGCUCUCUCCAAACAAGAACUAACUCUUGAGGACAUGGGAAUGACUCGUCUUUAUGAGUUGGCUGUGACCGAUGCUCCUCGUUCUGUAAGAAGCUGGCAAGCUGUCACGUGUCAAGUGGCUUCCCCAGGACCCCAGCCCAGGGCUUGCUGUGGUAAUCCAGUCCUGUGAUCCAUGAACAAGACUGGAAACUGUCAGCUUCUUUUGUAGUAGGCUGUGUGUUGAUAGUUAAUUCCGUUAAAAAUUGCCUGGAAAACUUCAGUAGAGAGAUGCAAGACUCCUCGAAACCACUCACAAGUUACAGUCCAGACUAGGGGUGGGGUUCAAACCCAGCACAAUGGAGGUGUGAGGGGCUUAGACCUCCGAGGUUAAAGGGAAUUUUAUGCUCAAAUAACAUUAUUUAAAAUGCUGAAGCCUUCGAUAUUAAAAAUUGAUGGUAAGAUCUUGCCAAGGAUUUUCCAGCUUCCUGUUUAUGGAGAAGAAAAUCACAGUCCUUAGACCAUUCUUCAGAUGGGACAAUCACCCUCAUGCAGAGUUAGUGUCAAUCACAAAAUGCCCUAGAACUGGAGGUGUUGUGACGUAAGGCUUCAUAUUCUAAGGUGGGCUUCCUGUCUGUGGAAACCCACGUGGAAGGCGUGAGUGUUGUGGAGUCUGUGCAGUGCAGGAUUGAUAGACCUCUGUCCUGUCCACGGCACACAGUGUCACAUCUGUUCUGAGGUGUUA